AUGGCGCCUAACUCGCCUCUCCCUCUAUCUCAAUCUCUCAGCUCCUCGAUGGGCAAUCCCGCUACCCCAUCAUCUUCUCAACGUCCUGCGACUCCGGUUGCUUCUCCACGCAAGGUGACAGAUGCAAAGGACGUCGUCAUGGGCGUCAUGUAUUCCACUUGGGAGGCAUUGCAUGAGGCAGAGCCUCUCGAUCCAGCUGUGGAUUUUGAAUUCCUUAUACAUAAGUUCCUUUCUACUCUGAAGCUGUACUGUCAAAAGGACUGGCCCCUGCCCAAGAUGCCAGAUGCUUCCAUGAUUGUGAAGGCUUCUAGUCACCAGGGUGACUAUGAUGAGCAGAUGCAUGAUGCGAACACUGCUGGCAGCGAUUACGCUAUGGAGCUCGAGCUUCUGCUGGACACACUGAUUGACGAAUAUGAGACUGUGAUUGCUCUGGCCCCAUGCCUUUAUAGGCCUCCCUCCUUUCUCAUUUUGUUUCUGGCUAACUGA